GCAAUAUGCUGGUACAUGACAGAACCCCCCUCUCAAGGGAAUGCUCCAGAAGUCCCAAGAAUUGACCACACCAAAGGCUACUAUACUAAUCCACCGACCCGUCAGAAUCCAUGUCCUCAUCUACUGAGGGCAUCAGCUCAACCUCCUCCUCGCCAGUGGCGGAAUCAACCACCAAUGAGUUCAGUGUCAAGUUCAGAGUCAGACAGUCAAGUACGAGACUGCUCUUUGGUGGCACCGUGCCGGGCAGGAGGUCUAUGGUGGAGUCAUAUGGCCGAUGAGGGGGCAUCAAUAGCCAAAGCUGGGUUCACCGGAACCGGGGCUUGUGGAACCAGAGGUUGUGGUGACGACGGAGUAGCCAGUUUGAGUGAACAGCAGUUGGACAGUGCCCUGGAUCUCAUGAGGCGUCUGCCGCCUCAACAGAUCGAAAGGAACCUCAGUGACCUCAUUGACCUGGUGCCGGAUCUAACUGAGGACCUUCUUUCCUCAGUGGACCAGCCCCUGAAGAUUGCCCGGGACAAGGUUUUGGGAAAAGACUAUCUUCUUUGCGAUUACAAUCGGGAUGGUGACUCCUACAGAUCCCCGUGGAGUAAUAAAUACGACCCUCCCAUUGAUGAAGGUUCCAUGCCUUCAAGUCGCUUGAGGAAACUGGAGGUUGAAGCCAAUAACGCUUUUGACCAGUACAGAGACCUGUACUUUGAGGGUGGUGUAUCAUCAGUGUACCUCUGGGAUUUGGACCACGGCUUCGCUGGGGUUAUUCUCAUCAAAAAGGCUGGAGAUGGAUCUAAAAAGAUUAAAGGGUGCUGGGACUCCAUCCAUGUGGUGGAGGUGCAGGAGAAGUCCAGUGGCCGCAACGCUCACUACAAACUCACCUCCACCGUUAUGUUGUGGCUUCAGACGACCAAGAUUGACUCUGGAACCAUGAAUUUGGGGGGCAGCCUAACAAGACAAACAGAAAAAGACGAUACGGUUGGAGAGUCUUCGCCCCACAUCGCUAACAUUGGCCGCCUUGUUGAAGAGAUGGAGAACAAGAUUCGCUCCACAUUGAAUGACAUCUACUUUGGGAAGACCAAGGACAUUGUCAACGGACUUAGGAGUGUUUCAUCUCUGGCUGACAAGUCAAAGCAGGAGGCUCUCCAAAGCGAACUGUUCAAGGCACUCAAACUGAAAAACCAAAGCUAGAGAUGCUACUGUUCUGUCCGUUUCUCUCCGCCAUCUCUUCUCGUUUCUUUCCGUCUCUCCUUCACCGCCUCCUCCGUGCUGCACUCUUGUUUAUUUGUGGGAAAAAAAGACAAAUUGGAAAAAAAAGGAGAAAAAGCUAAGCUUUUCUCCUCCCCUUAUUCCGGUCACUUUUGUUUUUCAUGUAUCUAAAUGUUCUGAAGCCAUUCACUCACACUCCCUUCCAUAUUAUGAAACUAAUGAUAGCGUUAUGACGGUUAAUAAUAAUCUUGCGGUGUGAGGGUCGGCAUAGUACUAAUCCCCUCCCCUCCUCAGCAUUAUUAUCAGGCAGUCGGAACUGAUCUUUAUUUCCUCUCAGUUGAGGAGACAGACAUGCACAGGCUCAUUGUGUAUAACACAUUAUUUCCUUGCAUUCCCCCUAGAUUUAUUUGUCAAUUGAUAAUCGUCGUUUUCGUCUUCCUUCACAUGGAGGCUUUUGCCUUGUGUCGGAAGAUUUUACUUGUCAUCUGUCGGCAUGCAUGUGAGCCCAUGCGCAAGCGGGGAGCUGCAGUCAGUGGAAAUACUUCCCACCUUAACAAUGACCCCACCCCUCCCACCUUGCCACAAUGUGUAUAACAUGACUGUUUAACCCCCCCAUUCCCCCCUUUACAGUAUCUUUAACUCUUCUCUCUGCUCACCUUCCAUGUCUUUGUUUGGGGGGGGGGGGGGUGUCACAGUUUUUGUGUCAGUGGAAACCUUUGACCGUUUCCAUUUUGGAGGGGAAACUUUGUAUUUUGUUUUUGUUUUAAUUUUGUAAAGCUUAUGAUUCAUAUUGUAUUAGAGCCUCCAGCAACAAUAAAAAGUAAAAAAAGCUA